AAGAAGGAGAAUUUUCUCAACGUGCAUAUAGAUUCUGACGAGCAAGUCAAAACGACAAACCAGCAGGAAUUAACAAGAGUUUGUAGUAUUUACAAAGGAAACUGUUUUUCGGUCGAAAAGUGUAAACGAUUCUCGGAACUCAGUUAUGACUCUAGGUGGGCUACGAUUAAGGAGCUAAAACUCUGCUGGAAAUGUCUUCGUCGGCAUAACGGUUCCUGCAAUCGGCGAAAGGUAUGCGGUAUUGACGAAUGUACCUACAUUCAUCAUCCGUUACUCCAUGGUGUAGAGUUUGGUAUAUAAGUUAUGGGUACACCCCUGAUUAUGAGAGGAAGUAAAUGGUAGAAGGGAGAUGAUAUUUGAAACAAGAGAGAGGGAGAGAAGGCUUUAGGUAUGAAUACUGGAGAAGGCAUCAAUUGAGGGAGAAGUGUUCUAACCAUUAUUGUGUAAAGACGUGGAAAUAAAGUGCAGUGCUAAACAAGCGAAAUAUUUGGUGUUUAAUUUUAAACGUGAUCCGAAGAACCUGGAACAUUACUCUGUCCGCAAGUGUACAAAUUGGCGCAGCCGGUAGCAUCUAAAAAGAUGAGCACAAUGGAUAAAAUGAUGUGGCCACUUGAACCUUUCAACGACGCAGUCGAUGCACAAAACUUGCAAAAGGAGUGGGAAGAAUGGUUCAGGGCCUUUGGCCUUUUGUUGGAAUUAAGAAAUGUUGAAACGCAACAUGAGAAAUUGGUUUUACUCCUUACUCUGGGUGGUCGAGGUUUGCAACGCAUCUUUUAUAAUCUUGCAGCGGUCCCGGGUGAAAUCUACCCUGAACCGGUAAAGGUUCCGUAUCAUCCGGUGGAGAUUCCGGAGUACGACAAUGCAAUCAAACGUCUAAAUAAAUUCUUUGUUGGUAAACGAAACGAUCGGGUUGAACUUGAGUUGUUCCGAUCGAUAAAACAAUCCAUUGAUGAGUCAUUCAAUCAAUUUGUUUUGAAACUUCGUGUCCAAGCAGCGCGUUGUGAUUUCAAAGAUCGAGAAGAGAAAGAAAUCUUGCAACAAAUAACCAUGGGUGCUCGCGAUGAGAAGGUCCGGGACAAAGGGUUAGAAAAUGUGAUGGACUUGAACGACUUAACCAACUACGCGAUUAACCGAGAGGUGCUUGUGAAGCAAAAGGAGAAAAGCAGAGCGUUCAGAGAAGAUGAGGCAAGAAGCGCUGUUGCAGCAAUCAAGCCGGAGUGGAACGGUGGAUCGAAGGGUAUUGGAAUGAUUCGUCGGCCAGCGAAGUUCGAGUUUCGUCGCAGUAUUCCAGAAAGAGAUUCAUCGCGCAGCUCAAGUCGACGAUUUGUUGCAAAAUGUAAUCGUUGUGGAUCGUUCAAGCCUGGCGAUGAAGCGCGUGACAGCUCGGCAAGAAUAAUGCUCGAUGCAACCGGCGGUGUACGAAAGUUGGCCACUAUGCAAGAAUUCCAACGCACCACACCCGCCACCGCCGAGAACACGUUACGUUUGGAUACGUUCAGAUGA